AUGUUGCCUAAUUUCUUUACUUAUAACCAAAUUAUUUUCCAGAUUCUUUUUUUUAAUUUGCUUUUCUUUCUUUCUUUCUUUCUUUCUUUCUUUCUUUCUUUCUUUCUUUCUUUCUUUCUCCUAAUCUUCGUAUUAUUUCUUUCCUUUUCAUCUUUUUUCCUAUUCCUUUCUCGACACGGUUGUUUGCAGAUCACUCAACAAAAACAAACAGCAUCAAAAGUGACAGUAACGCCGCCCCCAGGCAAUCUUCUCGCCCAACCUUCAAAUAUCUACCAUCCACGUUCCCGCAGCUUUCACACCCUCAUCGCCGCACGCCAACCAAUCCCGCGCCCUCUUCCUGACCUCUACGUCGCCGAUUCGUUUUUCUCUUUCUCUGUAGAGCUUCUUUCGUUCUUCAUUUUGUUGUUUUUACGCGUUUCUUCUCUUUAUUUUUUUCUUUUUUCUGCGUUUUUAAUGAUUUUUUUGUUAUUUUUAACAGGUUUCUUUUUUUCUUUGUUUUGUUGUUUUUACGCAUUUCUUUCUUUUUUUCUCUUUUUCUUAAUGAAGUUUCUUUGUUUUUACAGGUUUCUUUCUUCAUUCUUAACGAUCUACUUUCUUUCCUUCUUUCUUUCUUUCUUUUUUCUUUCUUUCUUUCUUUCUUUCUACGUUUUGUUUUCUUCAACAAGCGCUUUCUCUUUACUACUUUUCUUUCUUUCAUAUGUUUCACGACUUUCUUAUAAGUUUUACCUUUUCUCUCUCAUGCGCUUUUCUUCCAUCACUUGUUCAUUUUUUCCUUUCAUUUCCUCUCUCGUUCUUUUUUCUCUUCUUCUCUUUUUUAUUAUAGCUUUCUUUAAAUCUUCUCGUCUCCUCCAUUUUUACCCGUCACCAUCGUCUUCUUUUAAGGUCAUCCGACUGCCUGUACGAUGUUCAUCCCCACUCUCUUCUUUCUUCACUCAGAAACUCGGAAGCAGCACACUUAUCUAUCUAUCUAUCUAUCUAUCUAUCUAUCUAUCUAUCUAUCUAUCUAAGCUUGUUCAUAACUCUCUGAGCUUGUUCAUAUCUAUCUAUCUAUCUAUCUAUCUAUCUAUCUAUCUAUCUAUCUAUCUAUCUAUCUAUCUAUCUAUCUCAGUCAUUCAUUAUCUAUCUAUCUAUCUAUCUAUCUAUCUAUCUAUCUCGCUCUCAAUAUUUGAUACCUGUGUCCACACUACUAAUCUAUCUAUCUAUCUAUCUAUCUAUCUAUCUAUCUAUCUAUCUAUUGAGUUAUUCCUACCACCGUCGACGGAACUCACAUUUUUAAUCGUGACCCCCAACGAUGGACACCCGGCGGGACUUUGCAGACGCCCCCCCCCAGGUCCGAACCCAAAUUUGUCAUUGGUUGGGGUGGUUCAAGCUCUAAUGAUGUCAGGGUGGAAAUAUAUCAUUGUCACUGAUAUUAAAGCCGAUAAUAAGCGCAUCACGUGUAGCGUAUCUCCGUCGUAG